UGUCUAGUCCAGUGUCUACGCCGAGAACAGAGCACCGUUGUCGGAUCUACCUGGCUGUCAACCGACGAGCUCCAACGGCAGUCAUGGCGGCUCCGUUAGCCCACUUCGACGAGGACUGGCAGGACUUUAACGAAUUCAAACCGUCCACGACGUCCACCGACCAGCAGUUGGACCUGCUGAACUCUAACGUGGGCGAUCCGUCUCCGUCGUCGGGCCUCGACGACUUCUCCGACCUGGACAACAGCUUCUCCGGGGAGAUCUGCAGCUUCAAAUCGAUGGAGGACCUCGUCCAGGACUUCGACGAGAAGCUGACGGUGUGUUUCCGAAACUACAACACGGCGACGGAAAACAUCGCCCCCGUUAGACCCAUCACAGAGGACAACUACUUGAAGGACGACGAGGUGUGGAACGCUCUGACCGAUAAUUACGGAAACGUGAUGGCCGUGGACUGGAAGACAUCGCACACUCGCUCCCUACACCUGCCCACCCUCAACAUCACGGAGCAGGAGAAGUUGGAUAACCAGUCUCUGGACCUCUCUGACGACGAGGAGCUCAGGGAGCAGAUGGAUAUGCACUCCAUCAUCGUCUCCUGCAUCAGCGACGAGCCGCUCUACACAGCCGAACAGGUGAUCGAGGAGAUAGAGGAGAUGAUGCAGGAGUCUCCAGACCCAGAGGACGACGAGAGUCCCUCCCAGUCCGACCUGUCGAUGCUGUCGCAAGGCCUCCACGCCCUGAAGCGCUCCGGCUCCAACUCCAGCUACGAGGACCGGCUGCAUCAGCUGUCUGUGUCUGAGCUCACCGAGACUUUGGAGGAAGUGGAGACGGCCAUUCGCCGCUACAGUGAAGAGCUGAUCCAGGCUCUGGCCCUGCGAGAUGAACUGGACUAUGAAAAGGAGGUGAAGAACAGCUUCAUCUCGCUGUUGAUCGACGUGCAGAACAGACAGAAGGAGCACCGCGAGCUGCUGCGGAAAAAGAAGAAGAUCCGAAGUACAACCAGGCCCAACGGCCAGAGGACAGCCAGCACGCACAUACCGGGCACGCUCCUCACUCUGGAGGGACUCUCCAAUGUCAUUCAGAAUGGCCUCCGUCAAACUUUUGGCAACACAGGAGGGGACAAACAGUACCUGACCACAGUAAUCCCUUACGAGAAGAAAACUGGCUACCCAGCGGUAGAAGACCUCCAGAUCCUCACAAAGAUCCUCCAUGCCAUGAGGGAUGACAGUGAGAAGGUACCUGCCCUGCUAACAGACUACAUCCUCAAAGCUCUGGUAUGAGAGCGGUGGAAACUGAGUGCUUUGUCCGACGUAAAGACAAACGCGAGCCUCCUGUUUCCAGAACCAUUCGCUGGACCAUCAGAAGAGGGUUCUGGUAAUCUGGAAGAACCCAGUUAAUGGAUUCACAAUCCAAAUCUUCCUUUCUCCCUUUUUUUCUUUCAUAGACUUUCUUUCCUUGUAGCAUUUUUUUUAAAUUUGUUUUUUACUCUAGAUUUUAACUCUAGAUAUAACUCCUCGGUCUUUAUAUUUCUUUUCAUAUGUGAUGUUUUAUCUUUUUAAUGCCUGAGUGCUACAACCCUGUAUAUCCUGACUGCAUGAUGAUUUGUGUAUGGAUGCCAGUAAUCAGUAUUAUUCUGAACACGUCACUUCCUGAUCAGCCAGUGGCUCUUGAAUGGAGACGGGUCGGGUGUACUUCCCUUCCACAGGCUUCACCAGCAGGCCUGUGGAAGGGAAAUGCAGUCCAAUCUCUCUGUUUUAUGAAUCUAAUGCAUCCGUGUAGUUCAGACGGGGAAAACAGGUCCCGACCAUCUCUUCCAUCCCCCCGUAUGGAAACCUUCGCUUUAACGGCAUUUGCUGAUUGAUUACAUAUAACGUCUCGGGGUUGAAAAGAUUUUUAAAACUUUAAAAUCCAAUUUCGUAGGGCAAACCCGUCUUUGCAUGUUGGUUUGGGUUUACGCUCAGUUUUGGCUGUAAAUUGAAUGUUAAAAUGAAAUAUUUUGUAUACGAUCAAACAUUGCACCGUUUUUGGAACUUUUAACUUUUUGAAAAAGGGAAGAAAAAAAAAGUGAAAUAACUUAAGAAAGUAAAAGCUGGAUGAACAAACAUGUAAAGCAUAUUUUUUUGGAGAAGCAGUUGUUUUUAGUGAGAUUAGAGACUUGCCAGUAGCCACAUUUUGUGACCACAUUGCAACACACACAAUUUAGCAAAUGCUGUCCGUCGACCUCUGAGCCCUCAAGUAGUGACCGCCACCCCCAACAACUUUAUCACUUCCCAGGAGUCGUCGUUACGCGAGGCUGAAAAUACCUCGUAAAACAUUUUUGCAUCGGUAGAAGAAAACGACUGAAACCGGUCGUUUCAUUAAGAUGAAUAUUGUGGUUAAGAUAACGUUAGGUUUGAUAAAUGUGUAGUUAAGCUUCUGUUUAUAAGUUGUGGGUUUUCUCUAACUGUUAACCCUUUAACUGUUGUGGAAGUUUUGUAGUAGCACUUUAGUCUGUCAGUGAUGCGGUCACGUAGUAGUGGAAUAUGUGGAGGAGUGUACUUAAGAGUACCGUCUCACUAGAUUAGUGUUAGAUGAGGCUUUAGCUAGUGGUGCCAAAACGUGUCAACGUGAAGGAUCGUUGUCCUUCGUCCAUCUAUUUACCUUAUUAGUCAUCAUGAGCAUGAUCAUUUAAACAACCUUAAAGGGGUUCUCCACUGAUUUGAGACUUUAAAAUUACAAACCUUUGAUACAAACACGGAAUGGAGCUUGAAAGAUGAACAAUACAAUUGUAGGUUCCAGUGUUUUUGGAGCUUGCCCCACACUAGAGACUAAAAGUCAAAAACAUCUCCUCGAACUUGACGGCUCUUUGUUUGACGCGUCUCAUGCAAGUCUCCCAACAUCUCGGGUAGUGCAAUACUAUGUCACUGGAGCACCCCUUUAAAAACCUCGUACCACCAAUCCAGCACCGCAUGUCCGUUGGUCCACUAACGUUCAGAUCACCAGCAGGUGCACCGCACAUCGUCGGAUCAGUUCUAGUCUAGCUCUCAGGUACGGUCAUCAGUGUCGGUGGUUUAAAUCUUGUUCUGAAAGGUACGGACGUCCGAGUCUUUCUAUUUUUAUUAGCUGGACUUCAACUUCGCUGCACUUUUAUCUUUUCACAAAUUUCUCUCUAAACACCUGGACGAGCCAGUGGAGGUACUCGUAGAAGCCUCUUGACCAGGGUAAACCAGGGUAGCAUUACAGAUGUCUGUUAUGUCGUUAAGUUAAAUGCUUAGAGGUCCUAGACUCUGCUUCGUAGUAGUAGGUGUAGCUAGAAAUGAAACGGCACAGUAGCAUCAGUUUGGAGUAGCGGUCUAGUGGCGAUGGAUGCAUUUGCAACAUCUAGCGGCAAAGGAGAAGUUGAACAAGGAAUUUACUUUUUCUGGUUAAAUAUUAUAAGCAUGUGUCUCGUGCAUGUGGCCAGAAGAAAAGGCUGUAGGAAGAUGACGAAGGGGCGUGAUAAAGUUAACGGACGUUGGGGAAGAUUGCACAAACGGUUGCUUAAAUUUGAGGGUUCCAUUGACUUCUUUUGUAAAAAAAGAAGAGAAAAGCGUGUAGUGCUAUAUUUAACUAUUUAUAUGUAUCUGUUGUUUCUACUGUUGCCACCUUCUGCAAAUGUUCACAAUCCAGCAUUCAUUUGUUUUUGUUUACAGACAUUAACAUCACACUAAAGGGACAUGUGCAUGUUGCAGUGGAAUGCAGGAAACUCAAAAGCAUUUCAUUUAAACUGUUGGGAAGAAAACAAAAAAGGGCAAAGUUAAGCACCAGAAGGCUGGUGGCAGUGAAACACAUGAGCCGUUGAGGGACAACAUCCCUCUGUUGAUCCUCCUUUUACAAAAGCUAAAAAAGGUCUUUUUAGUUUUAUAUUUGAAACGGCAGAACCCCUCCUCUGGUCUCUAGUUAUCAGACAUAUCAGUGUAACUGCAAUUUAGAGAUUUAUAUUUAUAUAUGUACAACAAAACAAGCAACAGAAAAAGAGGCUGCCUUUCUAAAUGCCUGGAAAUUUUGUACAUUAAACCGACUCGUUAUGUUUUUAAUGCAAUAUGAUUCCCCAGUUUGGGGUUUUAUGUUCCUCUCAUGUGGUACUGCAGUAUAUUAAUUUAUUAUGUAAAUGUCAUGUUUUGUAACCAUAUUAUUGACUGUAAUGGUACAAGUGUUUAUGCCCACAAUGCAUUGCAACUCAUUUCAAAUAAAUUAAUAUGUGAAGAA